CGAGGGCGCCUUUUUGUUUGAAGAGUAACACCGCCUCUACUGAAUAAAAUGGGUCAAUGGAUUGUCUCCAUUGCUUCCAUUCUACAUUGAAUAAAGGGUAGAAUGGUGACGCUCAAAGCAGUAGCAGCAGCAGCUUCGGGUUGCAAAACAAGCUCGAACUAACACGUUCAUUGUGGCGCACGUGUUAUAGCCAGCACGACGUUCAAUGAUGGUGACAUUCUAUUAGGACGUACGAUACGCUCAAAACAGGCCCAGGCCCCUCCCGGGACAUGUCAAUCGCUUUUCAGUCCAUUGUGAUUGAUUGAUGGAUGGAUCUCACUAACAAGAGAUGACUCGCGGUGCUUGAUGCCAUUGUGCGGCUACAUAUAAUAGACGGUGUGCAAAGUAGGGCAGGGUGACAUCGCAUAUUUUUGUGCGAUUUAUACCUACGCCGAAGUGAUUUUUAUCUUGCAAAGUUUUCGUAAGCUUCCGUAAUCGGCAAAAUGUUCCAUUUAGCGGAUGACGAUAUCGAGUAUAUUGUUCGCCAGCUCGGGUCACCUGUAGGACUAAGUGACCGUCAGAGAGUCGUGCUCGCAAAAUCGAAGAACCGAGACUACUAUGCACUGAAUCCUGCUGACAUUUCUACACUUGUGUUUUGUGUACGGAGAAUGCAUCACCCACUGGGCCGUGUCGCAGUUGUCCAUGCGCUAAGAGACAUCGCAAACUUAAAUAAGGACGCGUUCCUUACCAAUCAAAAACCUGGACACUAUGGCGAACUCAUCGAGAUCGUGACAAAUCAUGGCGAAUGUGCCAUUGACACGGUAAAUUUAAUACGCGAACUCGCGUACCAUCCCGGAUGUCUACUACUAAUGAUUGAAGCGGAUAUUCACAAGUUUUUAGCAAAAUUGCUUCGACAUCCUAUUCCUCAUGAAGUGACUAAUGUAGUUCUUUGGGCUCUCGGGAAGAUCUUCAAAAAGUCGUCUGGCUUUCAAGAUCUCUAUAGGAAUAUGGUAGAAUCAACAGAUCUAUUCGCAAGGUUUGUAGAGAUCUCUGGUGAGCUAGCAGCUCAACACGAGUCAUCAGAUUUAGAGCCAACAACAACUUUAAAUAACUGGGCCCUUUUAUUUACAAUGGUUAUCGACAAUGACCAAUCCAUCGAGAUCCUCCGUAGCAGUGUGGACUUCUGGUACGCUUUACAGCUCAUCUUUCCAAUUGUAUUCAAUCUACAAUCGAGAACAAUCUUGGAAAGAUUACGAACUUGGAUAGAAACACAAGAUGCACGCAUCGGUGCUUGGUUUAUGCAGGCCGAGAUAAUCCAACAUAUCCUUGUGAGAUAUCCACUUCGACCCACGAAUCUACCGAGCCCAGAAGAAGUGACCGUUCUGCAGAUCAUCAGCGGUGUUUUAAGAUGUUUACAGCCGCCCAAGCAUAUCGAACAAAACCUUUCCGCUCGGAUUAACUUUAUCCAUAUGCUUGCCGACAACGGUAUUUAUCAAAUCUUGAAUAUGGAUCAUCCAGCAGAGCUAAUGUGGCUGUACCAGAACAUCUCUACUCAGCUUCAACGGCUUACGUCGCCAUAGCUGUUCCAUUAAGGGCCUAUAAGAGUCGUUAGUCGUCAAACCGCGAAUUGCACAAUCGCUUGGUAGACACGGUACCAACUGUAUUUAUCAUGGACACUGUGAUAUCAAAGGCUACUUGAGAACGCUACAAGCAAUUGUAGUUCGACAUUAUAAAUUUAUUUGACGAUUAAUAGAGCAACCGAACCAUCAGUGAGCGGCGUAGGACCUUUGUCGUCCUUUGUGCCCUUACAACUAUGGAUAAAUGAGGCGUCAUUGUAUAUCGUUGAUAUUAUGAAGUUCUGAAAAUGCACUCGUUCGGUAAAUGUUCCUUGCUCUACAGCAAAUAGGGAAGUUCUAUUUCGGAACUCGAAAAUUGGUUACUUUAUCAGUAUUAACUUGUUCUGCCCCCCAUAGUGAUCGAAUUGAGUUCUUUGUUCAUGACGUAUCCCAUAUUUUAUUGUGGCUUCUACAAGGCCACUGACUAUAUAUUUAUUGUAAGCCUUCGUUUAAUUACGUGAUUUUACCAAAAUUACGGAUUUUCCCGUCUUUGAAAACGAUAGAAUUGGAAUGGUUAUUGAUCAUAUUCAAAAGGCAAUAUGUUGUAUUAUGUUGAGGUGUGAUUCCUCGAUGCGAGCCCUUCUUAAUUAAGACUGUCUAUCAGAAUUCAUUAUCGGCGUCGCCGACAUAUUCGCAUCGUGGAAGUACGCAGGGUGGAUCGUUGUUAACGAAUGCCGACGGACGAUUUUAACUUGAUCGGGAUUUAUGCAAUGCUUAGGCAAUUGAAUUGUAGAACCAACUAGCUUUAUUAAAUUAACAAAUAAAUGUCAUCUGUAAAGCUGUGAGUUAACACUAAAACAACACUAGGACUUUUACGUUUUAGGUUACGUUUUCAGCCCGUCGUGCGUCUCUACUGAAGCUAUGCUUGAUAGCAGUCCUCAGAAAUCAAAGCGUUGAUUUCGUAUAGUUGUACAACACGCAGCGUCUGGGGGACGUUGGGUUCGCCCGGGCUGGAAUGGGCCCUUUAACGCCGUACGUUACGAGCAGGCGUUCAUGUACAUUAUGUUUCCUAGCUUUACUGGAACUUGUAAAUGGUUUACUUAUCGCACCUGCUGCCUUCGUUUUUUCGUGUAGCAUUCUCCAUGCCUUCAUUUUACCCAGGCACUAUCGGUAGCAACUACGCGAAUAAUAGACAGCUUUCAAACUGUACGGCAAAACGGAGUUUUUAAGUAUA